AUGGCCGGCGAUCCGCGAGCACUGCUCCGUCAGGCAGAAACAUCGCUGCAGAAGGCCUCGGGUGGAUUUAGCUUCUUCGGUGGGCGGCAAGACAAGUAUGAGGCUGCAGCAGACCAGUUCAUCGCCGCUGCGAAUGCGUUCCGGAUGCAGAAGAUGGGCAAGGAGGCUGGCGAGGCUUUUGAGAAGGCAGCAUCAGUUCAACGCCAGCAGCUGAAUGAGCCAGACGACGAGGCAAACACACUCACAGAAGCAUUCAAGGCCUACCGUAAGGAUGACCCAGAAGCAGCUGCUCGGUGUCUAGACAAAGCCAUUGCACACUACUGCAGCAAGGGCAACUUCCGUCGUGCAGCCACUCACAAGCAGAACCUCGCCGAGCUGUAUGAAACUGAACUUGGCGACAACACCCGCGCAGCAGCCGCAUAUGAGGAAGCAGCCGGCUGGUAUGAGAGCGACAACGCCGAAGCCCUCGCCAACAAACUCUGGCUCAAGACAGCCGACCUCGUCGCUCUCGAGGGUAAAGACUACUACAAAGCCAUCGAGCUGUACGAGAAGGUCGCAAAGACUUCCAUCUCGAACAACCUGAUGCGCUGGUCUGUCAAAGAGUACCUUCUCAAAGCCGGUAUUUGCCAGCUCUGCACAGGCGACCAGGUUGGUGUAAACACCGCGCUGGACAGGUAUAGGGAGCUGGACCCAAGCUUUACGCAGCAGAGAGAACACCAGUUGCUGGCGGAUUUGGCGCAAGCAGUGCAGGAUGGUGAUCAGGAGGUGUUUGCUGAUAAGUUGUUUCAAUAUGACCAGUUGAGUAAGUUGGACAAGUGGAAGACGACGCUGCUUUUGAGGAUUAAGGGUACUAUUGAGGAGGGGGGCGAGGACUUUUCUUAGAUGUGUUUCUAGAGAGUGGGUGUUUUGAACGGCUUCGAUGAUACAUGAAUUGAACCUGAGGCGUUGAUGAGGAAUCACGAAAUGCAAUGAUUAGACGCUACCCGUGUCUUGCUUCCACUUUCCGUCCGAUUCAUAUCGUAUAUUCC